UUCCAGUAAAGCUUUUUUGCUUUAGUAAAACUAGGUAUACCAAUAAUACCCAGAAGUUAUCCUUGUACUAACUAAUCCGCUUUAAGACGAUAUUGUUAGGAUUUUACAUUACCCAUGAUGUAUAAUUCAUCUUAAAUGAAAUUAAACACAGAAAAUCAUCAAAACACACAUAAAAUAUACCCAAAAUCUAUAAACAGUUUUUGAAAUCGUUUUUAAUCUCUCAUAAUUUUCAUCAAAUCUUACUUUUUAAUGUUACCCAUCUUAUACACGAUAUUUAAAUGUAAUGUCACAAAAAAAAAUCAUCGAAAACGAACCUGAAUUGCCUGUUUUUUUAGCUUCAAAAAUCACUUAUGAAGGAUGAGAGGAAGAGAGGUUGUACGAUGAAGAAGGAGACAUGUAGGUCAGGAGAAAUCUGAUUGGUUAAAGUUGCUUUAUGGACCAUGUAGGUGGUUGAAUUAUGUUCGGUUUAUUUAACUAGAGAAAUAAAUGAAAGACUAGUUUGAAGAGUGCAAAGAUAAAACGGUAGAGAGAAUAGAGAGGGGACAGUGAGAAUUUAUUUAGGGGUGUACGGGAUAUAUGGAGUUAAUCUCCUAGUUUUUGUUUGAAAAAUUUUGAACUUAUAAGUUAUACCAAUUGGAUAAGACCAUGAUUAUUAGAGGGUUCUUAAGAUGGGGGUUCUUAACGGAAUAUAAGAACCCUCCAAUAAUAAUGCUCUAAUACAGUUUACAGUCUUAAGCCCUAUAAAUGGGGUCGAUGAGGAGAGGUUUAGAGCUUAAAACGGCAUGAUGUCGACUAGUUCAAAAAUGAAAUUGCAGGCAGUGCACUGAAACUUCUUGAACUCGCAUGAGAAAUCAGAUAACGACGCUGAAAACCGACACUGAUAAAGAAAAGAAGAAUCGUGAUUUUUAAAGAAACCUGCAGAACGUUCUCUCUCUCUUAUCUCUUAGCUCUCUGUCUCUCCCUAUAUAUACGCAAAGGCACGGAGGCUUCAGAACCAUCAAAGUAACAAAAGAGAAGCAAAGCAAAAUUGUAGAAGAGAACAAACUUGUGAAAGAGCAUCUUAGUUUUCUGGGCAGUGAAACGAUGUCUCUAAUCCCAAGCUUUUUCGGUGGCCGAAGAACAAACGUGUUCGACCCAUUCUCGCUAGACCUGUAUGACCCCUUCGAAGGAUUCUCAACGCCUUCAGGGAUGACAAACACAACCUCCAAGGACGUGGCAGCGUUCACAAACGCGAAAGUGGACUGGAGGGAGACACCAGAGGCGCACGUGUUCAAGGCGGACUUGCCGGGGCUGAAGAAGGAAGAAGUGAAGGUGGAGGUUGAAGAUGGCAACAUACUUCAGAUAAGUGGAGAGAGAAGCAGCGAGAAUGAAGAGAAGAAUGACAAGUGGCACCGUGUGGAGAGGUCAAGUGGGAAGUUCAUGAGGAGGUUUAAGUUGCGGGAGAACGCGAAGGUAGAAGAAGUAAAAGCUAGUAUGGAGAACGGUGUGUUGUCGGUCACGGUGCCUAAGAUGCCUGAGAGGAAGCCUGAGGUCAAGUCUAUUGACAUCUCCGGCUAAAUAAGAUGGAAAAUCAGAGAUAAAACAAGAUAAAUAAGUAUGAUGAUGUGAAAUAAUGGGUGUGGAGUGUGUUAUUUUCUUGCUUUUUUCCUGUUUUUCUCUUUCCUUAUAAUAUGGAUCUGGAUGUAUAAUAUCUGUAAAUCUUAAUAAAAAAGUGUCUUGAAAGAUAAAA